AUGGGUUCUACCACUCCUUCCCAGCAAAAGCACAAGAUCACGGUCAUUGGCUCCGGCAACUGGGGCUGUGCCAUCGCUAAGAUCGCCGCCGAAAAUGCUGCCAGCAACCCCGGUCUUUUCGAAGAGAAGGUAGAGAUGUGGGUAUUUGAGGAGACUGUUGAAAUUCCGAAGACUUCGAAAAACUACAAUCCCUCAAACGCUGGCCCUCAGAAGUUGACUGAGGUGAUUAACACUGUCCAUGAGAAUGUCAAGUACCUUCCAGGAAUUCAAUUGCCGGUCAACUUGCACGCCAACCCGUCUCUGGAGGAUGCAGUCAAGGACAGCACAAUUCUCAUCUUCAACCUGCCUCAUCAGUUCAUCAUCAAGACCUGCGAACAGAUCAAGGGCAAGAUCCUGCCCUACGCACGUGGUAUCUCUUGCAUCAAGGGUGUCGAUGUCAACAGCACCGGUAUCCACCUCUUCUCCGAGACCAUUGGCAGAAUUCUCGGCAUUUACUGUGGUGCCCUGUCCGGUGCCAACAUCGCCAAUGAGGUUGCCCAGGAGAAGUGGUCCGAGACCAGCAUCGCUUACGAUCCCCCACACCUUGACUCCCAGGCUCCCUCCCGGUCCACCUCCACAACAGAUUUGGUGGAAUUCCAGCACAAAGAUACCUCGGGUCAAAUCUCGGAGGUUAAGCUGCAGGCCCUACCCACGUCCUACCCUCCUAUCGACCACUUCGUGCUGAAGUCGCUGUUCCACCGCCCCUACUUCCACGUCCGCGUUGUCAAUGAUGUCGCCGGUGUCUCCAUCAGUGGUGCUCUGAAGAACAUCGUUGCUCUGGCCGCUGGCUGGGUUGUCGGCAUGGGGUGGGGUGACAAUGCCAAGUCCGCCAUUAUGCGAGUUGGCCUGAUGGAGAUGGUCAAGUUCGGUGAUACUUUCUUCAGCGCUUCAAUUGACAAUCGCACCUUCACUGAUGAGAGUGCUGGUGUGGCAGAUUUGAUUACCAGUUCCAGCAGCGGUCGCAACUUCCGGUGUGCCAAGCUGAGCGUUGAGCGCAAUAUGCCCAUCGAGGAGGUCGAAAGAACCGAGCUGAACGGGCAGAAGUUGCAAGGUACUUCCACUGCUGUGGAAGUCAACAGUUUCCUCAAGAAACAAGGCAUGGAGGAGGACUUCCCUCUGUUCACUGCUGUUUUCCGUAUUUUGGAGGGUAGUAUGAAAGUUGAGGAUAUUCCCUCUUACAUUGAGCGGCCACCUCAGGCCUCACCCACACCUGCAUCUCCGAAUUCCAAGGCUGGGAAUGAAGGCGCUCGGAUCACUGCUGCACGAUUAUGA